AUGGAGCCGCCUCCGACUGGUCUCCCCCAGCUUUCUUCCUAUCUCCCAACGUCUUCUUCAGAUACACGCGCCUCUAGCGUGGCCACUACUGGCAUCAACAGUAGCAUGGGCGUCAAGAAGCGACGUAACAGCAUCGAAGGCGCGUUCUCGGCAUUAACUCCUAAUCCUCCAACUCUUCGCCACCUCGAGGCCGAUCAGUUCAAGAGGAAGCAGGUGUCUUUAGAAGUCUCAAUAGACAAUGAAGACAAAGGCUCGAAAGCUGUGUCAUUCUCUCGACUCAGCAGUAUUUAUCAAGCUCAAGACCAGGUCAGCCCUCUCGCCAUCUCUAAAGGUUUUUCAUUUUCGUCUACAUCUCCCUCCCAAGAUGGCGACACAGCAAAUGUCGACAUAACAAGUUAUUUCGCGUCACAGCCGACUACCCCGCGUCGCGAGCGUACCUCUAGGUAUUUGAGUGAGAGUGACCGCCGAGAGAUCAUCACGCGGAUCGAUGGCGGCGAAAAGCAAGUGGCGUUGGCAAGGGAGUUCAGUGUAAGCCGUGCUGCAAUCUGUAACCUCUACAAAAAUCGGUGGGAGGUGCUCACACGGGGAAAUCGUAACGCUGAAUCCAAGCAUCCGAAGUCGAAAAGGUCGCGCAGCAGGAGAUCAAGCCCACACUUGGUACCGCAGCUGGCAGCAAGUGAUGAGAUAAGUACUGCUGCACCCGGGCCGAUUACAAUCUACCCAGACGUGUCCACGAUAUCAAUUGACACGGAGGUGAGUCCUCGCGACAACAAGAAGGUGGAGGGAUCAGUACACCAACCAACGGAGGAAACUAGGCGACACAGCAGCCUAUCAUCGGUUGCAGCUAAGCUAGACUCUGAUCUCCCCAGGCACCAUCAUCAAAUGAGAGACCGUCAACCUCCACACGAUUCGCUGUUUUCAUUUGAGGAAGAAACAAGGAGUCCGGUAGCAUCCCGACCAUUCCUCGUCCACGAGGCAUCGGCGCAUUCGUAUCCGUGUAGAAAUCUAAUCGCAGCUUUGAGAGACGAAAGCAUCAGCGGAGCAGUGUUCCAGCAGCGAGCCACACGACUGGUACGGCUUUUGAUCGAAGAGGCAUUAACUUGCUUGCCUCAUGAGCAUGUCCAAAUCAAGAAUCAGUUUGGUGACGUGUGCCAUGCAGCCAAGUCUCUGGAUGAGAAAGAUAUCUGCGGUGUCUCCAUGGAAGACAAAGGUAUGGUGAUGCUGCGUGCCUUCUCCACUAUCAAUCCGUCAUCACCCACUGGCGUGGCUUCCAUUAACGCAAGAACAGACGACAAGAACAGCGAUGAUGGGAUUUUGGCCACCGUUCAGGCGCAGCUACCCCUUGUUAGGCCCAACCAGGUCGUGCUACUUCUUAACAUCCAGUGUGCCACUGGAAUCGAGGCAUGUGCGGCACUGCAUCACCUGGUGCACGAAAAGCGUAUACCCGCCAAGAGUAUUUAUUUUGUGACGGUCAUCAGCUCCUUCGAGGGUCUCCAGACUGUGUUUCGACAUUUCCCAGAUGUCACGCUUAUAGCAGCUCAAGUGGACACCGUUCUAGACGCGGACCAACAUAUUCGACCGGGGAUUGGAGAUUUCAUGCAGCGGUUCUGGAACGUUCACUCUGACUCUAGCGCGCCAUGA